AUGCAGUCGCCCCAGCGCUUCCCUCUCGGCGCGCGCGUGGCCAACCCCGUGGAAGGCCGCACAGGGCGCAUCGAGGCCUUCGACGCCCACACGGGACUCUACGCGCUCGUGUACCACGACGGCCACCGAGACGAGCUCCCGGCCGAUCAGACCGAAGCGUUUCUGAUCCCGUCGGCCGCUGUCUCCUCCUCCUCUGAGGCGAUCGAGGACUCAGCGACAGUAAACGACGCAACGAGCAGUGGUGCCGCCGACUCAGAUCCGAAUCAGUUGCUCGGCCUCACCGUGACGCGGACGUCGACGAGCUACGACGGCAAACGGCUCACGAGCUCCGGACAAGUGACGCAGUACUUUGCCGACCUCAAGCGCUUCCGUGUGCUCUUCUCAGACGGUCUGUUUGCCGACCUGACGCGCGACGAAGUGCAGCAAUACGCCGAGCAGGCGGCCGACUCAGAUGCCAAAUCUGAGUCUGAGUCGGCGACGAUGGCGACCACGAAGAACAAGCAGCGCACCGUGCCGCCACCUGAGACCGCAUGUCGAGCAACGGACCGACCGCUGCGGACGCAAAAGUUCGACAGUCGUAAAGCGGCGUACGCUGUGUGUCGAGAAGUGCUGCGGAUCGUUCUGCAUCAGAAGACAAUGGCCAAGUGCUGGUCGGACAAGCAGAAGGUCGUAAUGCACAACAAGGACCUUCAGGCGAAGCGCGCGCUCGAAGCGUUUGUCGAAGCUGAUGGACUGAAUGCACUUGAGAAGAUGCUGGGCAUUUGGAUCCGUGUCGAGAAGACACAGUCAGCGGCGUUGCUGAUCUUGAAGGUUUUGGCCGUGCUGCCGGGCGUGAAGGAAGAGCACUUGCGCAAGACGAACAUUGCACGCACGCUGCGAGGGAUCGAGAAGCUCAGCCACACGAGCUAUCUGGGCGUGGUGUUUGGCGAUCUGGCGCACUGGGUCAUUCAGAAAUGGCCCAAAUCCGACGGGCGCGGACGGAUGGCAAGGUGCAUGUGGCCGCGCACUCAGCUUCAAAGUCGACUCCGCGACAAAAGGAGACGGCGCGACUGGAAGCUAUGCGAACGGGGGGCAAACACAAGUGCAGAACCUCAGCAAGACCCGAGCGAAGAAGUUGUGGUGUAUUUGCCGCAGUUCAAUUCUCUCGGCUCGGAGGAUAUGCGUCGCCCUGUCCGUCAGACUCAAGUGAUUGAGUCUCUGGCAGCAAAGCUCAAUCGUGACUAUGAAGACUCGGUGCGGAAGCAUCAAGACGAUGACGCAGAAGGGGAAGACGACGGCGUGGCUGUUGGGCGCGUCACGUUUGGAAAGCCUCGGUUGAUGCAUUUCAGCCAGCACACUCCCGUAGUUGACCUGUUUUGCACUGCCCGGAGCAAACUGCUGGAGAAGAACGCGAGGAAAAGCAUUGACGCUACGGAUGCUGCAAGUGGCAAGGCCAACGACGCAUUUCCAUCAACGUCUUUGUCCAUGCCGAACAAGACGCAAGCGCCAAAGAAGACGAUUUUGAAAGCGCGGGAUGAUGUGAUCACACCGGCAUCGCAGACGAUUUGGUAG